AUGAAUACAUUGAUACCUCUUCCAUCAACACCUCGAGCUACACCUACACCGACACCGACAUCUUUACCUGCUCCUCCACCUUCGCCAGGAACAUGGCGACACCCGCAAUUUACUGAGAUUGUUUCUCGCCGCAAUGCCUCUACAUUCUCCGACCAAGACUUCAAACGAGCAGCCUUCAACCUGGUCGCUCUCCUGCUCUCUUUCACUUUCAACACUCAAGUACAUGCUACCUUCAGAACAAUUAUCCAGACCAUUCCCAACCUCUCACACCAAAUCCAGCCGACAACAACAUACACCACCUACGUCCUCCUCACUCUCCGCCUCUAUUUCCUCCUAAAUCUCUUUCUCGCCCUCCUACCUCUCCUUCGCUCACGCACAAACGACACCAUCUCUGAUAUCCCCCUCACACCCUCUCAGCGGGUUCUCAUGGGCCUCCCGCCCUCUCCGUCACCAACUAAACGCACACCAGUCGCAGGAGUAGCAGCAGCGCUGUUAACAAUUGGCAGCAGUAGCAGCAAUAGCCCUGUCACUUCUUCACCAACAUACAUAACUCCACCCCGGUACAAGCGCACAUCUUUCUCAACUUCGCCAUCUCCCUCAGGCGCGGGUAGCAGCAGCAGCAACAACAAUGCCCUUGGCCCCUCCACACCAGCCUCGGGCCGCAGUAUAUCAGCAAAUUACUCCCCAUCUUCUCCCUUGUCCGGCCGAGACGCCGCGUUCUCACCUGAUUCAACUUUCCGCAGCCCAAGUAGUAGCAUGAAGCAGCCGAGAAAUCGUUCGAAUUCGCCCUUCUCACCCACUCCACGUUCCUCCUCUGGCAGUCCCCUCCUGCAAAAAGCUUUAGCUCCCAAUGGCAACAACCGAGACAGCGACGCAGCAUUCCGAUCCAGUUUCAGCCCCUCAACCCCAAGCUCAGGUCUAAGACGGUCGCAAAGUGUAAAAGAGGCUACUGGUGUUCGGAAUUCUGGUUCUGGCGGUGGGAGUGGCAGCAGGAGCCCAGCGGUCAAUUACAAGUGGUUGUACGAGAAGGAGAAGAGGAUCCAUGUCCGAGGUGGGGCAACAGGGCUGUUGAGCAGAAGUGAGAGUAUACAAUUUUGA